AUGCGACGUGAGAAGGCAGACAGCGACCAACGAGCUGACAUGCUGCAGGCUCGCUUGUUGCAGGUCGGCGAUAACAAGGAGCUGUGUGACGCUUCGGAUGGCGAAGGUGGCAGUACGCAGUUUGAUGUUCACGAAGAAUCUCCUGAAGUUCUGGUGAGCAGGCCUGCCACUGAGGGCCCGGAAGAAAUCGAGUACCCUGAGACAGAAUAUGCCAUGCAGCUGCGAUGCUAUGCCUUGAUGAGGCCGAAGAUCGGUGCUUUUGGGAUACGCAGUUUGAAGAUGCAACUACAAUUCAGACAUUGCUGA